AUGCCUCCGGUGGAUGGUAUCCGCUAUCACACCUCUACCUCCGUAUUCCUCAACGAAGUCAUCAAGCUCGGCAUCAGCGCAACCGUCGCCCUGUACGACAUCGCCAAAAACCUCCCACCCGGGACGCCGGCCACGACGCUCUUCACCACUCUUUUUCAAGCCGUUUUCGCUGGUGACAGCUGGAAGCUCGCCGUUCCUGCGGCCAUGUACACCCUGCAGAACUCGCUGCAGUAUGUGGCUGUCAGCAAUCUGGACGCCGCGACCUUCCAAGUUACAUACCAGCUGAAGAUCCUUACGACGGCCAUUUUCAGUGUCAUAAUGCUUGGAAGAGUUCUUUCGGUCAAGAAAUGGGCGGCCCUUGGCUUGCUUAUGGCGGGUGUGGCUAUCGUGCAGCUGCCCCAGUACGUACCAGAACCAGCAGUCGAGGAGGCCAAAGCAGCAGAGGCCAGGCGCUGGCUCAAGGCCAUUGUCAGGCGAUCCGCAACCUACGAGGGUAUCGGCGAGGAUGAGCUACCGGCCAUGAACAAGUCUGUCGGAUUGAUGGCUGUUCUGAUUGCAUGCGCUCUUUCUGGUCUCGCCGGUGUCACUUUCGAAAAGAUUCUCAAGCAGUCUUCGACCAAACAAGCCUCACUUUGGAUUCGUAACUGCCAGCUCUCUUUCUGGUCGCUGUUCCCCGCCUUUUUCAUUGGUAUUGUCUGGGUCGACGGUCAGGACAUCGCAAAAGACGGCUUCUUCGCAGGCUACAACUGGGUUGUGUGGACGGCGAUUGGCUUCCAGGCCGCGGGUGGUAUCAUCGUCGCAUUGGUCAUCAACUACGCGGACAACAUCGCCAAGAACUUUGCAACGAGCUUGUCGAUUAUCGUUAGUUGUGUAGCGAGCGCAUACUUUUUUGAUUUCCAAAUCACCUUGGCGUUCGCUGUGGGAACGGGUGUUGUAUUAGCAGCAACUUAUCUCUACACCCAACCGGAUGCACCGAAGCCAGCUACGACGCAGAUCGCUCCUCUCGAGGGGACUACGACUGGCGAAGCCAACGAACCGUUGAUGACUAGAGGCCGACCCAGCUCCAGCUCCGAUCGAGGCUCGUCAGAUCACAUGCGGCCAGCCGAGAAGCCCGAGUGA